AUGACUUUCGCCUAUGUGAACAAAAUGCUUUGAGAUAAGGUUAUUCGUAUUUUGAGGAGGGACACAUGAAAUCUAUUUGAUGCAUAAAGGGAUAGUUCACCCAAAUCCCGGCACAGUAUGUUGAGUAAUGGUUGAAGACAAGCCACAGUGCUCUCACAUCUCACAGUGUGCAUCACCUCACCCAAUCACACUGAGAAAGUAGCCUGCUUUUCCAUUGGCCACGGAGCAGAUGCCUUCCCAUCUCUCAUUGGUCAGUUCUCCCUAUGUGGGGAGGAUGAGGAUAUACUAGGCUCAGGGGAGGAUGACUGCCCUCUCUCAUUGAAGCCAUGGAAGUUCAAGGCCGACCGCGGCACUGCAGACAUUGUUAGCAGUAAACAUGUGAAUGGAAAAAUUGCAUUCUUCAUGGUCAAUCUUAGUGUAAACAAAAAUUGGAAAAUUGAAGACAAUUGCUUCUAAUAAACCUGAUGUACAGUAUGUAUUUUAAAAUUGGAAGAAGUUCAGAAGAAGUUAUAAGGAUUUUUCUUUAGGCUAAUGGCAGCCUGCAGUACCCCGGUCGGUCUUAAACUUGAGUUACUCAAUGAGAGGAGGCAGCACUGAGCUAGCCUGCAACAUCACUUCCUGGAGUACCUCAAACUGCGCAUGUUAUGUCUCCAUGAGACAUCAUCUUUACCGACUUUAUUUUGCUUCAAUGCGCUAUUGAAUCUUCACAAAGGAAUGAAUGGUGUCACGUGAGCGAUGGCUUUGUCCAAUCAUAUAUACAUAUAAGUUAGGCCUGAACUACUGGCUAUGGCUGGGGCAAAAAGGAAACAGAGGCCAUCUGCCAGGGCACCAAGGCCAUCUGCUAAGGCACCAAGGCCAUCUGCUAAGGCACCAAGGCCAUCUGCCAGGGCACCAAGGCCAUCUGCCAGGGCACCAAGGCCAUCUAAGGCCAUCUGCCAGGGCACCAAGGCCAUCUGCUAAGGCACCAAGGCCAUCUGCCAGGGCACCAAGGCCAUCUGCCAGGGCACCAAGGCCAUCUGCCAGGGCACCAAGGCCGUCUGCUAAGGCACCAAGGCCAUCUGCCAGGGCACCAAGGCCAUCUGCUAAGGCACCAAGGCCAUCUGCCAGGGCACCAAGGCCAUCUGCCAGGGCACCAAGGCCAUCUGCCAGGGCACCAAGGCCAUCUGCUAAGGCACCAAGGCCAUCUGACAGGGCACCAAGGCCAUCUGCUAAGGCACCAAGGCCAUCUGCCAGGGCACCAAGGCCAUCUGCCAGGGCACCAAGGCCAUCUGCCAGGGCACCAAGGCCAUCUGCCAGGGCACCAAGGCCAUCUGCCAGGGCACCAAGGCUAUCUGCCAGGGCACCAAGGCCAUCUGCCAGGGCACCAAGGCCAUCUGCCAGGGCACCAAGGCCAUCUGCCAGGGCACCAAGGCCAUCUGCUAA